GGUCACCAGAGAGCACGUAGCCGCAGAAAGGGAAAGUGAAAGAGCAGAGCAACAUGCAAGAGCCAGGCCAGAUAAACUAUCAGUCUGUUCAGUAAGUACUCUUCUUUUAAGGCUGCUGCAUAUCUACCAUGAAACUGGGUAACUCUGGAGAUUAUACAAUUCUAAGAAACAUGGACUACCAGGGACAGACAAAGGUGCUGGGGAGGAAAUUCCAUGUCUCCGUGGCAGGAUGUACCAACGGUGCUCAUCAGACCUAUGUUAAUGACCUCAAAGGGAUGGGUCAAAUCGAGGUGAUCUCUCCUGAACAAAGUGACUACUUGGUGCUUUUCUGUCCCAUCGCGUCUCGAGUUGGAACAGACAUCGGAGAGGCAAUGGACAAAAUCCCAGGUGGGAAACCAAUCUUUCUGGUGGUGAUGCAUCACACCUACGACAAAGAUCAUUUUGUGCCUGAAAGCAGGAGACUCGUGGAAAACCCGAAUGUCAUCGUCACCGUAGACGUUCUGUUCCAUCAGAGCAAAAUGCUGAUCUGCAACCGCAAUGACACGGCCUGGUUUCAGGUCAAGGAUGUUCUUGGAGUUUCCCCUGCACAGGUCUUCAGCUGGCGACCUUUCUGGAUGAAAUACCGAAAGAUGAUUAUUAUUAUAAUAAUUGUUUUUGCAGUUGUUGUAGUAAUCAUUGUGUCCGUGGAAGCGUCGGUGCCGCAUACACAGAAGCCAUCAGCCAAUAUUACAUCGGAGAGGCAAUGGACAAAAUCUCAGCAGCCGGAGCCAUCACUGGAGCGGGCCGUCGGAGCCAUCACUGGAGCGGCCGUCGGAGCCAUCACUGGAGCGGCCGUCUGGGCCAUCACUGGAGGCGGUCGUCGGGGGCCAUCACUGGAGGAGUCGUCGGGGCCAUCACUGGAGUAGUCGUUGUGGUUGCUGGGGCCCGCCGCCAACGUAGUUGGAUGUUCAGUGCAGCAGUUUUUAAAGUGACUAAUAAACAUCUCCUUUCUCCCAAUGAUUCUUGGGCAAAAGCCACAGUGAUAAUGGCUGCUGGCCACACAUUUGAGAUGGCAUUUAUAAACAUUAUAACCUAAAAAGAGACAGAAAGUGGUUUAGAGGAUUCUAGAAACAAACCAACAUGAAUUUCUUGUAAAUAUGCAAU